AUGCUGCGUAGGCUCCUCCGCAUUGCAGUACUGCUGCCCCUGUUGGGCGCCCAAGUGCGCAGCGAAAACGACAUCUCCGUGAAGGGCAGCCUAACCGUGGCGAACCUCAAAAUUUCCUCCAAAGGUAACAAAGAAAAUGGCAUCCUUUUCCAGAGUAAAGAAGUAGAAUACAAGAUGGGGCUGAACCCGUUAGGGCAGUUUAUAAUAAGUAGGAAAAACAAGCCAAUCAUAAGUAUCGAUGAGCACGAUAAUAUGAACCUCCUAAACCAGGACCUAGUUGUGAAGGCAUUAACCAUCGAUGGAACAUUUAAGGUGCGCCAUGUAAACCAAUUCCAAAUGAUUGUGCACGAGACGUUCAGUAGCAGUGAAAGUACCAACGGGUGGUCAGGUGAUAACUUUAACAACUUCACGUCUAUAUGUGGUGGAGUCAAUUUGUUAGGUGGCUAUGGAAAGCUCUCGAAGGGUAGGAUUCGCAAAACGUUUGUGAAUAUCCCAAGUCAUACGCAGAUUCGAAUUAAGGCAAACUUCCAUUUCAUUGAUGAGUGGAAUUUUCAUACGGCUUAUUUAAAAGUUGGAAGGGAUGAUCAGGAGGAUCUUUUCUACGUCUGGACAGAUAGCCAUUCCCAGGUUGGUCUGGAAAAUGCAGUGAACAUUUGUGGCAGUGCCACUGGUGAGUCGAAAUUCAGCUCCGUGAUAGAUGUGGUUAUACCCCACAACUCGAGCAAACUCAUUGUGGAGUUUGGCACCACCAUUCAGGUCGAUGACCCGAAAAGCGUUUCCUGGGGCGUCUCCAACUUUCAGCUGUUCAUCGUGUGA